ACACUGAAUAACGUAUAUUCGAGUGGCUGCAUUUGGUGGAGAAACAAACAACUGAUCAGUUUUUUUAAGUGUAAAUUUUUCAAAUAUGAAUAAAAAUAUCAAUGAUAUCAGAUUUAUCUCUGAAAUAAAAAAGCGGCCCGCAUUGUGGAAUCAAUCCAAGAAAGGAUAUAGUGAUAGACUUAAAAAGAAUAAAAACUGGGAAAAGUUAACGAAAAUAUUUUUUGGUGGAAAUAGAACAGCUGAUGAACAGAAAAAACUCCAGAAGUCGCUGCAACAAAAAUGGACGAAUAUGAGAUGCCAAUACCGCAGAUAUAUUUUGAAUCAACGAGGGCAGUCUGGAGAUGACGGGAAGAAGAACACAUUUUAUAGGUAUGCCGACCAAUUAAGGUUUCUAAAAAAUACAGUUAUACAAAAAGAAACCACUGAUAACUCAAAAGAAGUGAACAUUAUAUCAAGCGACAGUGUAGUAGGCGAAGAGUCUACUACUUCGUUAACUGUUACACCCAGAGCUAAGAAUGCAUUGAAAAAGAAAACAAGAUCAGAAUGUUCGUCGAAAACCAUUGAAAAAAUAAAGAAUAGAGAUAAUCAUGAUGAAAUUGAAGACAACAGACAAUUUUUGCUCUCUUUGUUACCUCCUCUUGCACAUAUUCCAAAAAGAUGGAACACUAAAUGCAGAGCAGAAAUAAUGCAAGUUGUGAGUAAAUAUGAAUUGGAUUCACAUCGAACUGAGCCUGAGCCAGGCGAUUCCAUGCCACAACAUAGUCAGCCAUGUGACGUUCCACAAGCCCAGCCACACUAUGGGUUCAAUACACAAUAAUUUCAAUAGCAAGGGUUGACUACAUCUGCGU